GGAGGGCGAGGGGUGUGACCUGCCUCCCUCCCUCCCUCUCUCCCCCCCUGUCACCACCCAGGCCCAGCCCAGGGCUGCUAUAAAGCUGGCCCAGCCUGGCCCUGAGCACGCCCAGCUGGGACCCUCCUGGAGCCUCCUCAGGGGCCACAUCUGCUCUGCUGCUCCUCCCAAGUGGCACCAUGAGGGCCCUGUGGCUGUGCUGGGCACUGUGGGCGCUGGCCCUGGCCCGCCCCGGGGCGGCCGUGACCGAGGAGCAGAUCCUGGGCAGCCUGCUGCAGCAGCUGCAGCUCCGGGAGGUGCCAGUGCUGGACCAGAGCGACGCGGAGCGGCUGGUCACCCCUGCCCACGUGCGGGCCCAGUACGUGGCCCUGCUGCAGCGCAGCCACGGCGUCCCCUCCCGUGGGAAGAGGUUCAGCCAGAACUUCCGAGAGGUGGCCGGCAGGUUCCUGGUGUCCGACGCCUCCACGCGCCUGCUGGUGCUCAGCAUGGAGCGGCGGCUGCCCCCCAACAGCGAGCUGGUGCAGGCCGUGCUGCGCCUCUUCCAGGAGCCGGUCCCCGAGGCCGCGCUCCGCAGGCACGAGCGGCUGUCCCCUCGCAGCGACCUGGCCCGGGUCACCAUCGAGUGGCUGCACGUCCGUGCCGAUGGCUCCAACCGCACCUCCCUCAUCGACUCCAGGCUGGUGUCCAUCCACGAGAGCGGCUGGAAGGCCUUCGACGUGACCGAGGCCGUGAACUUCUGGCAGCAGCUGAGCCGGCCCCAGGAGCCGCUGCUGCUGCAGGUGUCGGUGCAGCGGGAGCACCUGGGCCCGCUGGCCUCCAGCGCCCACAGGCUGGUCCGCUUUGCCUCCCAGGGGCCUUGGGAUGGCGCGCAGGGCGAGCCCCAGCUGGAGCUGCACACCCUGGACCUCGGGGACUUCGGAGCUCAGGGCAACUGUGACCCCGAGGCCCCAGUGACCGAAGGCACCCGCUGCUGCCGCCAGGAGAUGUACAUUGACCUGCAGGGGAUGAAGUGGGCCGAGCACUGGGUGCUGGAGCCCCCGGGCUUCCUGGCCUAUGAGUGCGUGGGCACCUGCCAGCAGCCCCCGCAGACCCUGACCUUCAAGUGGCCGUUCCUGGGGCCGAGGCAGUGCAUCGCCUCGGAGACCACCUCGCUGCCCAUGAUCGUCGGCAUCAAGGAGGGCGGCAGGCCCCGCGCCCAGGUGGUCAGCCUGCCCAACAUGCGGGUGCAGAAGUGCAGCUGCGCCUCGGACGGGGCGCCCGUGCCAAGGCGGCUGGAGCCGUAGGGCGCUGGGCAUGGCCACCGAGGCCCCUGACUACACACGUGCACCAAAGCAGGUGCUAAUGUAGGUUUUAGUUUUCUACUUAGCAAGUCAUCCCCUGCCCCAAACAGGGCCCCUAUUUUACCUUUCGGCGUGUUCUCCCAUUCCUUGUCCUCCUGCCCGGCACCCUAAGCACUUACAUGAGUAACUAAUGCCACUUGUUGCUGGCUAGGAAAUCCUGGCUCCUGGCUAGCCGGUGUGGCUGAGCCUGGGCAGACCGUGGCCUGGGAGCUUCUGUUCCCUGGCAAGUUCUCAACCGACUUUGGGACAACACACCCUACGAUAAGAACUGGGGAAAGAACUCAUUUAUUCUAUUACAUGAUGAAUUAAAACCAAACCCUAAGACCCCUCUGUUCACCCUAGGUAGGGAGGAUGUCUGAAAAUGAACCCCAUCUCCCAAAUAUGGAAUCAUUUUGGACUUUUGCAAACAUACCCGGGUUCCCCUGCCAGGGCGCUUGGAGGGAGGGGGAGGGACUUCGGGCCAGGGGCGCUGCACGGGGGAGCAGGACACCUGUUUCUGGAUAGAACCGGGCCCCAAGCUGUGACGUCAUCGCCCGCAGCCCUAACCUCCCCCUCUCCUCCGCCCCCCACUACUCCGCCUGCCCGCGCAUACUUAGUUAUUCCCCCCGUUUUACAGAACUUCUCACCAGUUAGCACCACACGCAUUUACGUUGUUUUAUUAUUAUUAUUUAGGAAAAAAAACACUGAAUGUAGAUAAUACGCAGGAAUAAAAGUGGCUUCACUCUGCGUCCACGCAGUUCAUUUCCAGUAUUUACUCCUUUACAGAGGAG